AUGAGGGCAAAGCCAGAGAUUGCUGUAAAUAAAAAGAGCCAUGGAAAAAUCUCCAUCUCUGCUACACAACAGUCCAUUCCCUUAGAUAUCGUUAUGGAGAUUCUGAACUGGCUGCCAGUCAAAUAUGUACUGAGAAUGAAGUGUGUUUGCAGGCAAUGGUACACUUUAACUCAAGAUUGUCACUUCAUUGAAAAGCAUAUGAGCCGACAUAGAGUCAAGUGCUCGUACAAUAAAAUCCCUAUUACUCCUCCUUGCAAUAGCCAUGAUAAUUUCCAGUUGAUCUGUGGUUGCAAUGGCAUGUUGCUAAAGAAAAGAAUUGCCCCCAAUAAAUUCCUCAUAAUGAAUAAUGCCACCCGUCAAAUGCUUGAACUGCCUGACCCACAUAAAAAUAGCUUUGGUUGUGAAAUUCUUACCAUUGGAAGUGAUAACUCAUGGAGAACUAUCAAUUUCCCUAGCCUAAAUGAUGCUAACAAGAAAAGAGAGAAAAUUAUGGUUGUGUCAGCAGGUGAGGCUGUUCACUGCAUUAAGUUAAACAAGGUUAGAACAUGCUUUUGUGCAGAGAUGGUAUCUCUUGAUUUGGAGAGUGAGAGUUUUAAGAGUACCAUAAUGCCCAAAGGAUUGUUCUCAAAUUGGGAAAAAGUUUGGGCUUUAGAUUGGAAUGGGUGUAUAUCUUUUGCUGUUAGAGUGGAAGAGGUUAUCAAUGUUGUUGUGUUAGAAGAUUACAAGAAGCUCAAAUGGGGUAAAGAGAAGAUUGUUACUCCCUUGGCAUUCACGAACAGCACUCCAAAUUUGAUGGAGGAUCUUGUUCCUCUUUUCGCUCAGAAUGGUGAUUUAUGGUUUUGUGUAAAAGACAAGAGACUUAUGGCUUACAAUAUUGAAAGUGGGAAAAUUAAUUGCAUAAUAUGGGAUACUGAGGCGUCUAAAAUGGAAAAAUGUGGUUUCUACGUUGGCCCUUCCAGUUUGAUAAAUCUGAAAGGAAUGCAACCAGUGAAGAAAUAA